ACUAAGCAGACGCGCUGCUCCGCUGCCUACACCGGAGACACAGCACCGAACACACCUCCCGCUCGCACUGAGCUCAUCCGCGGCCUGGAGAACCCUUAGCCCCGCUGCAGCCUCUGGCUCCUUCCAUUCUGUUGCGCGGGGACGCCGACAAAGAGUAAAAGCGGUGCUGCAGCGCGUCGGGGAUACUGAGGAUUCCCCCCGAACCCGCGCCCUUCUCACACCUCUAUAAAUAUAUAUAUACCCCCGGCUCCUGCACGGAGAGGGGCGCGAGCCUAAAGGCUCAGGUGGCUGCUGCCUGCUGGGGGUGGUUUUCAUGAAUUAAACCCGAUCAGGGGGCGGAGGAGGAGGAAAGCGCUUGAAGACAAUGGGAAAAUCCAACAGCAAACUGAAGCCAGAGGUGGUGGAGGAGCUGACCAGGAAAACCUAUUUCACAGAGAAGGAAGUACAACAAUGGUAUAAAGGCUUUAUAAAGGAUUGUCCCAGUGGGCAGCUUGAUGCUGCAGGCUUUCAGAAAAUUUACAAGCAGUUUUUUCCAUUUGGAGACCCCACUAAGUUUGCAACAUUUGUCUUUAAUGUAUUCGAUGAGAACAAAGACGGCCGCAUUGAAUUUUCCGAAUUCAUUCAAGCCUUGUCUGUCACAUCCCGUGGGACCCUGGACGAGAAACUGCGAUGGGCUUUUAAAUUGUACGACCUUGACAACGACGGCUACAUCACACGGAACGAGAUGUUGAACAUUGUGGAUGCCAUUUAUCAGAUGGUGGGGAAUACCGUGGAGCUUCCUGAAGAAGAAAACACCCCAGAGAAGCGGGUUGAUCGGAUCUUUGCCAUGAUGGACAAGAAUUCAGAUGGGAAGUUGACACUACAGGAGUUUCAGGAAGGAUCUAAGGCAGACCCCUCAAUCGUGCAGGCGUUAUCUCUAUAUGAUGGACUGGUAUAGAUGCUCAAUAAGGCGUCUUGCAUAUUCCCCUGGGGUAAGAUCCUUCGUGUGCCACUAGACCAUGUCAGCAACGCAGCUGGUUCCCUUCCAAACGUCACUCCAAGAAUGCACAGGGAUAGAACACACUCCUUCCAUCCAAAUGUAACCUCAAUGGAACACUUUUACUUCCACGUCUGGCUAAAUACUGGUGGCUGGGAAACUGUACCCCCAAAGGCUGCCCACCCUUCCUCGUACUACACACAUGCUCUUUUUUUUUUCACACUGUCUUCUGCCUGUGGCUUCUUGUGUUUCCCAUGCGCUCAGAGAGGGUGGACCAUUCAAAGCAAAGGAGCAACUGUUUAUUUAUUUGUUUUGCUCCAAGACUUGAGGGGUGAUGUCUGAUGUUGGACCCUCAGAAAUUUGAAGCAGCUUCGUCACCACGGAGUAGAAGGAAGAAGGUAUAGCCAGGUAUAUGUUCAUACAAGGAACUAUGGUUGAGGCUUUCAGCUCUUAAUGAAGAGGAUGGCAUGUGUAUAUAAUAUAUGUGUCCCUGGAACCUCCAGCGCACAGUAGCCUAUUGAUUGGUUCUAUUUUGCAUAAUGCUGAAUCGUGCUUUUAUUGUGAAUAAGUGAUUUUUUCUAUACAUACAUACAUAUAUAUAUAUAUAUAUAUAUAUAUAUAUAUAUAUAUAUAUAUAUAUCAUAUCUUUUUAUUUAUAUUUUUAAAUGUAGUCGUGUAAAUCACAUGCUUGUGUGUGUGUGUGUCAGGUGGCUGUGAAAGCGGCACUGUGUUUCUCGGAUGAGUGGAUUCGCCCUCCAGCUGAUGAUGUCUGUGAUGCAUCAAUACACACCAAUACCUGAUGCAGCAGAAAAGGAUAACUGGGCUGACGGAUUGAAGUCCUUAAUUUUUAAAGAAGUUUCUCAUUCCCCUCCAUAAAUGGUCUCCCAUUGCCCAAUGUUUGCGUAUAGUUCUGCAGUUGGCUUGAAAAACAAAUCUAAUCAGUGACUGUGACAGCAGUUUUUCAGCCUCUAGUGGGAUGCUGUUGUCUGUAAAGACCUUAAUCGUGCCUAAGGCAGGUAUAUUUCAGGCUUUAGUCUUAGGGCUAAGGUAAGUGCCAAAAUGCUAGAAAUUGCCCUGAAUAUUGACCCCCUGAACCUAUCCAGGCAUAUAACGUUCAGGACAAUGAAGGGGCAGUUUCAAGCCGAUAGCCACCCAUCACGCUGAAAAUAUUUAAAAUCACCCAGGGCACUUCCUGGGGGGCGGCAUUUUCCAUUCGGGUAAUUGAGGGGCAAUUUUAAGCAUUUUAGCCGACUCCAGGGCAACAGAGGGGCAAUUUCAAGUAUAUAGGCACCUGCCAAGCUGGAAAUACAAUCAUCCUGUUUGCCAGUACCCUAAAUCUAAUAGUAGGAACCCCAUGAAUGAUGGCAAUCAUGCAAUCAGUUUGUCACCUUCCCCCCCCUUGAUCAGCUGUAUGUUCUUAUGUUUUUUUUGAACGCAUGUCUUGUUGCCUUGUCUUGAGUCUAAAUAAAAAACACAAGUGCACUCACAAUAUCAAAACUUGGACUCGGAAAGCCAAUUUCGGAAAAAAAAUGUCAGACGGCUCUUUCACAGUGUUAACAAGCUGCAUGUGGUUUUUGCUAUAAAUAUGUAUACAUACGGAUAUUUUUCAGAAAAUAAAAGAGGAAAAAAAUCCCCAAACCAG